GAGGCCACACACAGCAGAAGUUCCUUGUUUUCCAGGUACAGAGGGCCAUAAUCCCUAACUGCAAACACUGGCAGGUCCUGAGACCAAGGGGAAAGCAGGGGCAGAGUGGAAGUCUGGGGAGAGGCAGCCCACACCAGAUUCCGUGGCCUGCAGGUGACAGGCCUAAGAGUAGCAGGGGCCUACAACGGCCAUUGCAACAUCUGAAGCCAUGGCCAGUGGGGAGGAUGAGCCGAGGAGCUGUAUGGUAUGUGGGGACCGAGCCACCGGUUAUCACUUCCACGCCCUGACUUGUGAGGGCUGCAAGGGCUUCUUCAGACGAACAGUCAGCAAAAACACUGGUCUCACCUGCCCCUUUGCUGGAAGCUGUAAGGUCAACAAGGCCCAGAGGCGCCACUGCCCAGCCUGCAGGUUGCAGAAGUGCCUAGAUGCUGGCAUGAAGAAGGAAAUGAUCCUGUCGGCAGAAGCCCUGGCCCAGCGGCGGGCGAAGCAGGCCCAGCGGCGGGCACAGUGGGCACCUGUGCAGCUGAGCAAGGGGCAGCAAGAGUUAGUCCAGACACUCCUGGGGGCCCACGCCCGCCACGUGGGCACCAUGUUUGACCAGUUCGUGCAGUUCAGGCCGCCGGCUCAUCUGUUCAUGCACCACCAGCGCCUGCCCAUCCCAGUCCCCCCACUGCCUCUGCUCGAGCACUUCGCAGAGGUCAACACUUUCAUGGUACAGCAAGUCAUCAAGUUCACCAAGGAUCUGCCCCUCUUCCGGUCCCUGCCCAUGGAGGACCAGAUCUCCCUUCUCAAGGGAGCAGCGGUUGAAAUCUGCCAUAUCGCACUCAAUACCACUUUCUGCCUCCAAACACGAAACUUCCUCUGUGGGCCGCUCCGCUACACGCUGGAGGACGGCGUCCACGUGGGGUUCCAGGAAGAGUUUUUAGAGUUGCUCUUUCGCUUCCAUGCCACAUUGAGGCGAUUCCAGCUCCAGGAGCCCGAGUAUGUGCUCAUGGCCGCCAUGGCCCUCUUCUCUCCCGGUGAGCAUCCCCCAAGGCCCAGAAGCUUUUGCUCCUCCACCUCUGCCCAAACUCCCAGCCCUGUGAAUCCCUCUGUGCCAGGGCUUUGGCUUCAAACCCAGCCUGGGUCCAGCUGUGCUAUAGGCCCACGCCUGCUCCCCACCUGUCCUUCCCGCCCCCCUCCCCCGUCCUACAGACAGGCCUGGGGUUACCCAGAAGGAGGAGAUCGAUCGUCUGCAAGAGAUGAUGGCACUGACCCUGCAGAGCUACAUCAAAGGCCAGCCGCCAAGGCAUCGGGAUCGGUUUCUGUAUGCGAAGCUGCUGGGCCUGUUGGCUGAGCUCCGGAGCAUUAACAACGCAUAUGGGUACCAAAUCCAGCACAUCCAGGGACUGUCCGCCAUGAUGCCACUGCUCCAGGAGAUCUGCAGCUGAGGCCCCAGCUUGCCUCCUUCCCCAGCCCAGCCAACUUCACACGUUGGACUGGAAAGGGGAAAAUGCUGGGGCCAGAGGCUGGAACCAGUAGAAAGGGAGCCCAGUGGUUGCAAUGAAAGACUAAAGCAAUAACUGCCUCUUCAUGCAGUCUCGGGGUUGGUGGGGGAUGAUC